AUGCUUUCAGUUCAUUACAAAUUUAGGAUCGGUAUGAAAAUUAACUUCAUUCCAAAGCAUAUUACGAAGCAAGUUGUAAUUGUGAUUGUAUUCUUGGCUGUUGUUUCGAAUAAUUCGAAUCAAUAUGCGAGACAAGUGACCAGCGUCGGUUUUGUCAAUAAAAAUCAUUCCAAGGAAUAUAAAUUAGAGGAAUUUAAAAUAUAUGAUGCAUUUCAAUCAACUGAAGAAGCAACAACAAUAAUGUUGGCAAAACAUCAAUUCAAGUUCGAUAGCUUUGAAUGCGAGCUCCGAAGAAUAUUGGAUGAGUUGGAACGUGCUAUGUCUGAUUCUGAAUGA